UUUCUACUUUUUUAUUGAAACUGUAAUUCUUUUUAUAUAUGGAAAAAAAACUUGUACUAAGAAAAAGUGGUUUGGGUCCUUCUUUCUGGCUCUAGUAUUUAUUUUCUUGUAGUAAAGCUUAUUGUGGGUUCUCCGGGUGCAUACAUAGUCCUUAAUUGCACUGUGGGAAAGAUUGUUACUUUGGUUUGUGAACUGUGGAAAAUAAAAUACAGCUAUAAAUGCAGGAGCUGCUGAAAAUACGCUAGUCUGUCACCCCGAGGCAGCCUCCUUUGGUCUCUCUGCCAAAGUGAACCAAGCAGAGGUGGGUUUGUUACUGUAGAAGGAAAACAUUUCUUCCAAGGGAGUGGAAGAAUUGAAAUUAAGCAAUAAUGGCAUUGUUGCAGAAAGCUGCCUCAUGUAAGACUGGAAAUACAUAAUUUUGAAAAGAAGGGACAGCAUUUGGACGAAAAAGACUUUAAGCUUUAAUGGAUCAUUAUUAAGAAAAUGUGAUACUGUGCAGAAACUCAGGAAUAGUUUUACUUACAGUUAUUUGAUAUCUAGCCCAUUCCCAGCGAUAGUGAGCCAGGUGUUGCACAAGAAUGGAAAUCCAAGUGAAUUUCAUUGACCAUGAAAUGUUGAAGCUCAAUACACAGCAAAACCAAGGAUAUGAGUGUAUCAAUACCGAGCAGUCAACCAGCACAGACGCGGCUGAACCAAACAACCCCGUGGUCCUCUUGCUAGUUACAGAUCUGUGAGGACCAGGAUGAGCUGCAUUACCAGGAUACCGACCUGGAUGUGCCGGAGCAGCGGGAUGGCAGGUGCAAAGUCAAGUGGACGCAAGAAGAGGAUGAGCAGCUGAAGAUGUUAGUAAGGCAUUACGGGCAGAAUGACUGGAAGUUCCUGGCCAGUCACUUUCCUAACCGCAGUGAUCAGCAGUGUCAGUACCGGUGGCUGAGAGUGUUGAAUCCAGACUUGGUUAAGGGCCCUUGGACCAAAGAGGAGGACCAAAAAGUAAUUGAACUGGUUAAAAAAUACGGCACCAAACAAUGGACCCUGAUAGCCAAGCACCUGAAAGGGCGGUUAGGGAAGCAGUGCCGGGAACGCUGGCAUAACCAUCUGAACCCUGAGGUGAAGAAGUCGUCGUGGACAGAGGAGGAGGAUCGCAUCAUUUUUGAGGCCCACAAGGUCCUGGGGAAUCGUUGGGCAGAGAUUGCCAAGCUGCUGCCUGGGAGGACUGACAAUGCCGUGAAGAAUCACUGGAACUCCACCAUCAAGCGGAAGGUGGACACAGGAGGCUUCCUUAAUGAAACUAAGGAGUCCAAGUCACUGUACUUGCUUGUGGAGGUGGAUGACAAGGAGAGCCAAAGUCAGACUAGAGCUGAGAGCCAGAAUGUCCUGCCGAACUGGCCAGUUGAUAUCUCUGAAAUAAAAGAAGAGGAUGUCAGUGACGAGGAGGUUACGGGUGUACAGGAGCUACCCUCAGAGCUGCCAGCUGCUGAACUGGCAGAGCAUAACGCUGAGGGUACUCCGGAUGUUGCGGUGCCUGAGGAUGCCUCGCUCGUUACAUCACCAUACAAAUGGGUCGUCGAAGCUGCCAACUAUUUGUACCUGACAUCUGGGCCAGCCUUCAAUGAAGCUCUGGACAUGAUUGAAUCCGACCCAGAUGGGUGGUGUGAUCUGACCCAGUUUGACCUGCCUGAGGAACCUUCUGCCGGCAGCAGCAGCAGCAGCAACAGCCCGGUGAGGCAAACCCCCAGCAAGGCAACACAAUCCCUGCCCAACGUGACGGAGUACCGCCUGGAUGGCCACACCAUCUCUGACCUAAGCAAGAGCAGCAAAGGAGAGCUCAUCCCCAUCUCUCCGCACGCAGAGGUCAGCUUUGGCACGCCACCCUCAGUGCUGAAAAGGCAGAAGAAGAGGAAGAUCUCCCUUUCCCCUGUCACAGAGAAUGCCACGAGCACCAGCCUUUCCUUCCUUGACUCCUGCAACAGCAUGACGCCCAAGAGCACUCCUGUCAAGACACUGCCCUUCUCUCCAUCUCAGUUCUUAAACUUUUGGACCAAACAGGAUACACUAGAACUGGAGAACCCGUCUCUGACCUCCACGCCUGUGUGCAGUCAGAAGGUGAUUGUCACCACUCCUCUGCACAGGGACAAAACCCCUCUGCUCCAGAAGAGCUCGGCGUUUGUCACACCAGAUCAGAAGUAUGUGGUGGACAACACACCUCACACUCCCACGCCCUUUAAAAAUGCUCUGGAAAAGUAUGGACCAAUUAGGCCUCUGCCCCAGACUCCUCACCUGGAAGAAGACCUGAAAGAGGUACUUCGAAGUGAAGCUGGCAUCGAACUUAUCAUAGAGGAUGAUGUGAAACCUGAGAAACAGAAGAGGAAACAAGGGUUGCGCAGAAGUCCAAUCAAGAAGGUCCGGAAGUCUCUGGCACUGGAUAUUGUGGAUGAAGAUACGACACAGAAUAUGCCUGCCUUCCCCAAGACUGUCUGUUUCAAAAGAGCCCAGCCUGUGAAUUUCCUGUCAAGAUCCUUGAAUCUUUCCUCCUCCAGCAGGAAGAACGACAGCGGUUUACUCAACAGAGCCUUUGUGCAAGUGCAGCCAGAGAAAAUGUCCUACAGGAAAAUGCCAAGCCAUUUCAGACCACCAGCACCAAUGACCAGGGCUUGGAAAGUGGUAGCCUGUGGUGGAACCCGAGACCAACUCUUCAUGCAGGAGAAAGCUCGACAGUUUUUGGGCCUGUUGAAACAGAGUCACACAUCAAGGACCUUAAUCUUAUCAUGAAGGAUUGUUCUGCUUGUUUAUUUUAUUUUUUUAAUUUUUUUAUAAGUGCAGGGGAGGGAGAACCACAGGAAAAAAUAUCCUCUGCCAGGCCUUAGUGUGUGGAAGUGGAUUUUUUUUCCCUUUUCUUCCCAGGUAGAUCUAUAUUGUAAUAAAUUGGGCUAACUGCUGGCUAAUGUGUGGAAUGCAAGCUUUGGGAUCAUUAUGGAAAGGCAAAUGAGGGAGGGGCGGAGAGUUAACAGCAAGACCUCUCUCUGAAAGACCUGAGUUCUGCAAAAGUAGAAGCGUGUAGCCGUGUUCCACCUCAGAGCAGCAUGUGCAGCAUGCAGUGGAGACUGGCUUUGCAGCCUGCCUGGAUUUCAUGUUGGCUGCUCUGGUACCUCAGGAAUGGCUUUUGUGAAAGUUCCUGCAUGUCUUGUGUCUCCAGGUUUUCCCUGGGGGGUGGAGUGGCCCCCCUUCACUCUAGGAGGAGGGAUGGUGUUGCACACUCAUGGGAAAUGUGCUUUGGGGGGUGACCUGUGUCAGCGCUGGCCCCUUGCUCCCUGUGGGGCUGUUCUAUACUGCUGUGCCGCAGAAGGGGAGCAGCAGGUGCUCUCCCCAGGACUGUGCUCCCUUUUCAAAUAAACAAUGGUGCUAACAUCA